GAUCUGUGUGAGAAGUUGUGGGAUAUUUGUGACGUCCGUAAGACUGACUCGGAGAAAGAGAGACAGAGCAUCAUUGAUGAUAAUUGGCUCCAGGAUCAUGUGGGACUCAUAUCAAACCACUACAUAUCACUAAUGCAGGCUGAGCUGACAAAGUUUCAAGAUGCAGUUUUGUUGCUAAAAGAUUAUUAUCUAUCAAUGACAAGUGAUGUCCCAAGCCCUUUACCUGACUGUAAUUCAAGAAUACCUAUAAUUGAACUGACUGUCCCUGAGGAAGAGUCUCAGUCAACCACUGCCACUGAUGGAGGAGGAGUAGCUGAGAAAAAUAAAGAAAAUAAGAAAGAAAGUCCUAAACCAAUGGAAGAAGAUAAAUGUGUCCCCCUAUUAAUAAGACAGUUAAUCACAGUACCGGAGGCUCCUCCUGUUGAAGAGAAAGGUCGUAAGAAGGUUGAGCGUGAGCCGACUCCUCCCCCAGCUGGGACUGAGGACAUAUCUGAACUAUCACUAGACACACAACUGAUAGUCCACAGUUAUAACACAGCAUUAGUCCUAGCAUCUAAACUAGUAAAUGGAAAGUUUGUGGGUCAGUUUGGUAAUAAAAGAUUUGGCCCUGGACAGCUUAAUGGUCCAAUGGGUAUAACAACAGACACUGCAGCUACUGGUCUAGUGUAUGUUAGUGAAUGGGGGAAUCAUCGUAUCUCAGUCUUCACUAGUGAUGGUAAUUUCGUGAAUAAAUUUGGAAGCAUGGGCCGUAAUGUUAAUCAGUUUGAUACUCCUUAUGGAUUGGCGUUCAAUGAAGAUGGGACCUUGUACGUUUGUGAUUUUAAUAACAAGCGACUUGUUGUUUAUUAG